AUCAAACGUGAUGCACUGGGAAUGUUUUUUUCCAGCCGGCUCCUCCAUUUGAACAGAUUCCUGUUUUUCGCUCUGUUUAUCAUGCCCGGCAACCGAGCCGUUGAAGAGGUCUCAAGUGAGGUCGAUACAGACGAGGGAGAAGAGUACACGACGACGCGAAAAGAAUUAUGGUCGUAUUAUCUCUACUACAUAGGCAACAACGGGUUAUCAGGAUUCAACUUUGGUCCUUCGCAGUUCCAGAAUCUUCUUUAUCUAGCAGGUUACGACCCCAAGGACCCACCAUUUGUGACGUCGUGCGAGAAUACCUGCGUUUUGCCGUAUCUCGGUCAUGUUCGUGACAUAAAUUCCAUUGUCUUAUUAACGAAUGGCAUUAGCUUUGCUAUUCAAGCCGCUCUUCUUCUAUUUAUUGGCGCCUGGGCAGACUAUGGUCGCUGGAGGCCCAACAUCACCAUAUUCUUUACCCUUCUCGCCGUGGGCGUGUCUUUUGCAUGGCUGGGAGUAGACGAUCCAUCCAAAUGGCGCGCCGGUAUAGUGUUGUAUAUUCUGGGAUUGAUAACUUAUCAGUGUUCGCUGACAUUUUGGACGGCUGCUUUUCCUGGGCUAGCUCGGGACCUUCCUGAGGUCAAAGGCUCGAUGACAGAAUUAACAGAUGGUCAGAAAAGUCAACGAGAACAUGAGCUUUUGACCUCGCUGGCCAAAAACCGGAUAUCUAAUAUCUCAUUUGCCGUAUGCUCAGCUGGAGAGAUUAUAAUAUUAGCCGUUAUGGUAGGGAUCCUCAAAGGUUUGCGAUCGGACGAAAGCACAGAGAACAACACAAAGGCAUUCAGUGUUUUGAUUGCAUUUUCCGGAGGUGUCUGGUUGCUUUGUGCCUUGCCAUGGUUUAUUCUGGAAAAACGGCGUCCUGGUUUGCAGCUUCCUGCAGGAACCAGUCUUAUGAUAGUGGGUUUCACGCAAACCUACGUCGCCUUAAGAGAAUGUCUCCGACUCAAGCAGACCUUCCUAUAUCUUAUUUUUUAUUUCCUCAUGGGUGAUGUCCUAAAUACCACUGUUACGGUCAUCGGUACCCUCCAGAACAGCGUGGUGGCGUACUCGACUUUUCAGCUGACUUUACUCCUCAUUGUCGGCAUUGUAGCGCAGGGCAUGGGCAUCUAUAUUUUCUGGCUGGUACAAAAGCGCUAUAGCAUCAGCACGAAGGCUAUGCUCUUGUUCAACGUAUUUUGGAUUAUCGUCCUGACGAUUUGGGGCCUUAUCGGUGUUCACACGGACAAAUUCGGGUUUAAACACGUCUGGGAAAUAUGGCUGUAUCAAGCUUUCUAUGGUCUUUUAGUGUGCCCUUGGUAUGCAUACAGCCAAACCAUGAUCAGCGAAGUGUCACCGCUUCCUCAAAUGUUUCUGUUCUUUGCCCUGUUCUCCGUCGUGGGCAAAACCUCUGCAUUCAUUGGUCCCUUUGUGUCCUCUGCGAUAAUAACGGCUUCGAAUAACAACGACAAUAUGCCUUUUGCUUUUCUGUUCGCACUUGGUGUUUUCAGUACACUUUUUCUUUGGCUAGUGGACGUCGAGAAAAGUCGAGUUGAAUGCGUCGAGUUCGUUCAAGCAGAGGCGAAACGCAAAGCAUUUGAAUUUUAUGUUGCUUCGGCUACUGCAGAAAACAAUGGCAAGGCUGAGGACAAGGUUAACAUUUAGAGUCUCAGAGUACCUAUACGUACAUACAUGAAUACCGUGAAGAAUGCGCCGGGCGUCCGCUACCGACACGGCUUAC